AAUCCUCCAAGAUGUUCAAGUUCGUCGCCGCCGUUGUCCUCGCUCUGAUUGCCUGCGUUGCCGCCAAGCCCGGCAUCGUGUCUCCCCUGGCCUACUCCGCCCCCUAUGUGGCUGCCUCGCCCUACGUGGCGGCGUCCCCCUACGUGGCGUCUCCGUAUGUGGCAUCUCCCUAUGUCGCCUCCCCGUACACUGCCGCCUACGCUUCUCCAUACACCGCUGCCUACACCGCUACCUACGCCUCCCCCUACGCUGCCGCCUACACAGCUCCCUAUGCCGCCGCUGCCGCCUACACCGCCCCCCUCCUGCUGAAGAAGUAGAGAACACACCGGAAGUGCCACCCGCCCACCUGUAGCCGCCGGAACGGAAAUCGAACGAGUCCCCGCCAUGUCACUGAAAUAAACUCUAAUCAAACGAGAACUGCCAAUAUCUUUUUCCUUCUUUCUUC